GUCCCUGUCCAGCUACCUGCUAGCUAGGCUGUUGAUAGAAGGGAAUUGAAUGAGAUCUUUAUUACAUGUCAUUGUCAUUUGUCAGCUAUGUCUGCAGUUUGCCAUGUUUGCAGUCUGUCCUCUGUCUUGCUUGUUUGCAUCUUGCAUUAUUUGGACCUAUUUGUUUUUCUAAUUUUGUUGAUAAAAUAAUUAAAUUAAGUACAUACUGUUUUCCGGUUAUAUAAUGAUUUUAAUAUGAAUGUAUAACCAAUAUACUUUUAUUUAAUGGUUGUUAAUUUUAUUAACGUGCGCUAUGGAUGAAAGUGAAGUCACAAUUUUAACUAACAGCGAUAAUAUUGAAGAAGUUUCUCAAGUUUUGUGUAAAUUUCUGAAAACUAAUGAAAAUGUUUUUACUUUUCCCAAUAUGCAUGAGAAUAAUAGACGUGUGAUUCUGUGGACUGCAUUAUUUCAACAUCUUCAGAAACGUUCAUCAGUGGCUGUACACGCUUUGUGCUUGGCAACAAUAAGAGUGCUCAGCCGUGAUAAAUCAGACUUGGAAAAUUUGAUUUGUGAGAAAUGGAUUACAGUACUCAUAGAAAAAGCUGGGUUGUACAACUUGAUGGAUAUGGAAGAUGAGUCUAUGGUGCCUCUGGAGAUGCCUGAAAAGGAUGUGGCUGUAGAGGCCCUCAAGUGUCUGUGCAACUUGGCGUUCAACAGUGAAGUAGUGCGAGCCCUCUGUGCCCACACCAACAUCGCUCAAGGAUUAGUGGCUCGCCUGAGAGUUUACAAAGACAUCCCAUUUAAAGAUGAAAUCAUGCUUUUUGACAUGAAGUUACUUUUCAUACUGACUGCUUUAAGACAUGAUAUUAAAAUCAAAAUAAAGGAUGAAUUGCAUGGCAUGGACUACUUGAUAAGCUGUUUGAAUGAACUUGUUUUAGAAGCAUCUGAGAAGACAAAGGACUAUCAAGCUUCAGCUAGUGGGGGAGAUGUUGAAGGAGAUUAUUGUCUAUUGCAUGAUAAUCAGCAAGCUAUUGCCUGUGAGAUACUGAAAGCAGAGUUUAAUUUGAUCAUCCAUUCUGGUCUUGAUGAACCUUCAGAUGAAGCAGAGGAAGCCAUGUAUUUGAAGCUUAUACCAGUUCUCACGAGUUUGCUAAAUGUCCGUACAUCUGAUGAGGUCAAACUUGUUGAACUGCAUAGUAACAUUGCUAAUUUGUUAACUAGUGUGCCACCAAAUUUUUACCCGUAUCUUACUCCAGAGUUGACUGCAAAUGAAACUGCAGCUAAUGUGUAUGAUGGGAGAAAUAUGGAUGCUCUACAAUCUCUCGUGCAAUUACUACAUUAUAAAUUAUCGAACACAACGAACACCAAAAACCAGUAUGAGAAUUUGUCCCCAAUAUUGACGGUGCUGGUGAAAAGCGCUCGCGGCUCGCGGUCGCAGCGCAAGUACUUGCGGCAGUCGGUGCUGCCGCCGCUGCGGGACGUGUCCCGCCCGCCCGAGAAGGGGACCACGCUCCGCAACCAGCUGUGCCGGCUGCUGACCACGCCCGUCACCUCUGUCAGGGACCUGGUCGCUGAAUUCUUGUUCGUGCUGUGUAAAGAGAAGGUGGGCCGUAUGGUGAAGUACACGGGCUUCGGCAACGCGGCGGGCCACUUGGCGCAGAAGGGGCUGCUGGGCGGCGGCCGCGGGGCUUCGUACUCGUCCAGCAGCGACGACUCCGACACCGAGGAGUACCUGCAGGCGCAGCCCCACAUAGACCCCGUGGUGGGCUGCACUAGGCCACCAAGAGUCAACCCCUUUGAGGGAAUGACUGAAGAACAGAAGGAGUACGAGGCAAUGAAGCUGGUGAAUUUGUUCGACAAAAUGGUGUCGGAGGGCGUCGUGAAGCCGGCGCGAGUGGGCCCCGACGGCCGCCCGCAGCCCGUCGACCACGUGCUGGAGCUCCGGGACCAACCCCCCAACAGACCGCAAUCAUAGACAACCAACAUCUAUCGCGUCAAGAUUUGAAACUGUUUGAAAUUAGAAUUGUCAGAGAUUCGGCCAGUAUCAGUAUCAAUAUCAGUGAGUAAAGAAAAUCGCUAAGUCAAAAUUAGUGUAGACAAAAUUUAGAUUCUUUUUUCAAAUACCUACCAUAGUUGUAGUUUUUAUUAGAUGAUGGAGGGUAAAAGUAUGUCUAUGUCUCCGACAUAGACACGCCUACUAAAAUAAUGUACGGUAUUUCCACAGAUAUAAAAACAUUGGUAUUUCACAUUUUCUUCCAGAAUUGUGAUCACUUUGUGUGCAGUAUUGGAUAAAUAAUUACAUUGAAUUUUCUGAGCGAGAUAGGUUUGACCUGAACCUGAUAGAACCUGAAAGGUUUUGUGCGUUUUUAUUAUGUAUGUAAUAUAACAAUUUUAUAAUAAUUACACGUCCCGCUUUUUUCUAUAAGUACUAUAUACUGAAAACAGUGGUUUAUAUAGCAAUAAUUCAAAAACUAAUUCCAAUCUUGUGAAGCGCGCCUAUGUUGAAGCCGUUUAAAUUAUACAUAACGUAAGUUUUUAUAUUAUUGAGUACAAUGCUAGUAAGUGAGAUUUUAUCUGUUAUUAUUUAUUAAAUAAAAUCGAGUUAAAUAGAAUCUGUACCGCUAUUUUUAAAUCUUACUCCAGUUAUUAUUUAUUACUACUAUUAUUAUAUAAAUAAGUACAACUAUGAAUAUCACGAAUUACGUAAUAUGAGUAAACGUCGUUAAUCCAUCUUAUAAAAAUAAGAAAAUUCCUAGUCAUAUUGAUAGUAAUAUUCUUGAAGAAAUAAUGGUUUGAAAAAUCUGAGUUUUUUACUAUUAAUUGUUAUUGUAAUGAAAGGUAAUGUCUUCUUAGAAUCACGUCGUGAGUACAUACAUGAAAAAUAGAAUCACGUCGUGAGUACAUACAUAAAAAAUGUUUGAUUAUAUGCCCACAUUAUUACUAUUUAUUUUGUAUCUACCUACCAAUACCAAUUUGGGUGUUCAAUGUUCGCCUCGCCUGCAAUUUGAUUUUUCAUGAAUACAAAUAAUCAUAUAUAUUAUUUACAUAUAAGUUCAUCAACUUUAUUAUCAAUUUCAUACAAUAAAUAUAUUAAGUCAA